GGUGGCGUGGGGCCGGCCGCUCCGUUCCAUCGUGCCCCGAGAGGCCGGGCCGUCGCCGCGCCGCCCAAAUCCACCGCCGAAAGAGAAAUAAAGGAAGUUCCCCUCUCUCUCCGUGAAGAUGGCCUCGAGCUCCAGCAGCGGCGUUGGAGCGGAAGGCGGGGUCGGCGAGGGUCCGACGACGCUGGACGAGCUGUACCAGAUCAACGUGGUGCCGGCGGAGCUGCACUUCAAGUUCCGCAAGGAGCUCCAGGGCCUCCGCGUCGGCCUCAACCUCGAGUUCUACAAUCUUGAGGUGAAUGAUUUUGAGGCGAAGGUAGUACUGAAGCCUCUAGAUUACGAACGGAAGUGGAAAUUCCAGUACAAGCCCAUCAGCGGUGACAUACAGCUGCUUUCCAAGAAGAUACCAGUUACAAAGUUUCUAAAUCUACAGGUUGGCAUCGGUCAUAAUUUUCAUCUGAAUGCAACUGGAUGGAAAUGGAAGCUUUCUACUUGUCUUGGGGGAGAUGGUGUCUCUCAGAUAAGAAACAAGUCUAAAAUCAGCAUGUUCCCAGGGUUUGAUUUGAGGAUUGGAUGGAGAGCUGAAUAUGUGCUUCCUGAGAUUCAUGGGGCUGUUGGCACAGGAGAACCUGCCUUCAGUAUGGACUAUGGGCGGCUGCAUGCUUCAAUAGAUCGGGUUGAAGCUAUCGUUACGCAGUCAGAUCGGUACUGAUCCUCCAUGGUGGAAGUCAAAAGGCAAAGGAGCAUUUUGAAGUUCUGUGUAUGAUGUACAGCAAUUAGCAAAAGUUCACACUAGAAAAACUUCGAGAAGCAUCUUGAGAUUCUCCAAACCCUUGCGCGGCUUUUCUUGUUUCUGAAAGCAUAAUAAAAUAAUGUUGGAACUACUUGUGUUUGACA